AUGGGAGAAGAAAACAAAACUUCUGUGACUGAAUUUAUCUUGCUGGGACUUUCACAAGAUCCAAAGAUCCAGAUCUUGCUGUUCUGUAUUUUCUUGAUCAUCUACCUUCUCUCUGUAUUUGGAAACCUGCUCAUAAUAAUCCUGAUCCAGACGGACUCUCGACUUCACACUCCCAUGUACUUCUUCCUCAAAAACUUGUCUUUUGCUGACCUCUGUUUCUCUACAAGCAUUGUUCCCCAGAUGUUGGUGCACUUUCUUAUAAAAAAGAAAACCAUCUCUCUCAUUGGAUGUUCCCUACAGAUAGUGGUCUUCCUUUUAGCAGGCUGUACAGAGUGCACCCUGCUGGCAGUGAUGUCCUAUGACCGCUAUGUGGCUGUCUGCAAACCCCUGCACUACUCUACCAUCAUGACCCAGAAGAUCUGUGUCCAGCUGGCCAUAGUGUCUUGGAUAAGUGGGGCAUUUGCAUGUUCAGUGGACAGUGGAUUUACACUGUGUCUCCCCUACCGGGGACAGAAUGUAAUUAAUCACUAUUUUUGUGAACCUCCUGCUCUCUUGAAAUUGGCUUCAGCAGACACCUACAAGGCUGAAAUGGCUCUCUUUUCAGUGGGGGUGGUCAUCCUUUUAGCUCCUCUCUCCCUCAUCUUUGUCUCCUACUGGAACAUCAUCUCCACUGUGGUCCGGAUGCAGUCAGGAGAGGGCAGGCUCAAGGUGUUUUCUACCUGUGGCACCCAUCUCACUGUUGUGGUUCUCUACUUUGGCUCUGGAAUAUUUGCCUACAUGAGACCAAAUUCCAAGACCAUGAGUGAAAAGGAUAAGGUCAUUUCUGUGUUCUAUUCAGUUAUGACUUCUAUGUUGAACCCUAUCAUUUACAGCUUGAGGAACAAGGAUGUGAAGGGCGCUUUCAGGAAGCUAGCUGGAAAAUAG